GCGCGGCACUCGAGCUCCAGUCAGUCGUUGGUCCUCGGGUGAGCAUCAUGGUGUCGUCUUUGAGUUUUCGCCUCGGGAGUGUGUUUCUGCUGCUGGUGCUAGUUACCACCUGCAGGUGUGCCACCUUCACCCCUGCUGCAGUGGAGGGCCGCCUGGUGGUGCCCGACACCGCCAGGGUGGAUAAUACCCUCCUGAAGACUGUCCAGGCCGACAAGUUCCUCUCCCUCUGGUUUAUAUACAUCCUAUCUGACGCCGUCCACACUUCCAGUGAGCCGUGGACUCUACUGGUGCCUCUGAACUCUGGCUUGCCCAAGGAUGGUGGUUUCUUGGUGGACCGAGAGAGCACAGUGAGAGUGCUCCUCAACCACGCUGUCUUGGGUAGUGUGGUUGACCCUCAACACCCACCCAACUCACCACUCACCUCUCUGGCUGGGUCACCGCUGACCUUCACUGCUGAUCACAGAGGAGCCAAGGUGAACGGUGUUAGGCUCACCGGUAAUGAAUACAGGUUUAGUGAUGGUGUCAUCUACAUUAUUGAAAAAGCACUGCCGGUAGUGGUGGAAGGCGAGUCACUGCCAUCCUCCGAGGUCACCAGCAACCUGCCAGAGGUAACCAGCCGCCUGCCAGAGGUCACCAGCCGGCUACCACCACUGACUCACAGGUUCGCUACCUUCAAGCCCCGCCGGGGAAGCCGUCCUUCAGGUAUCAACACCUUCAGACGCACCAAGCCUGAAGUACCAGUCGAAGUACCAGUGGAAGUCACUUCAGAAGUUGAACCUGUCCUCGCUGACGAGCUGCUGACCAGUGACUUCGAAGGAACCCCCAAGGGACUGGAAGCUGGCUAUGACGAAGAAUUCUCUGGGGACAUCGUAGACGAUACUUCUUCGGCUUCUUCAGCGCCUAACUUCGAGUUCUCUGAGUUCGAGGUGUCCACUGUGCAGCCUCCCAGCGAGGAAGAACCCUUCCUAGCGUCCUUCCUGCAGUCCCUGGAGGCCAACGCUGCCUACACAGGCUCAGAGUUCCUUCACCACUUCAAGGAUGCUAACAUCACCAGCAGGUUCCGUGACACCGGCAGGUACACUGCUCUGGUGCCCUACGACAGCGCCUUCUACGGUUAUUACCCCAUUGACUGGGGUUUCAAUCCCUUCCUGGUGGAGAACUUCACGAGAGAGCUGAUGGUGAACCACUUCGUGAGAGGCAACAUAGCGCUGGAGGACCUGCCCUCCCUCGCUGAACUGCCAACACUUGGUGGCAGAGUCAUCAAGUUUACCAAGAAGGCUGGUAAGCUGCUGGCCAACGGUGUAGAGGUGGUGCUGGAAAGUGAAACUAGGCUCUCCCGAGGUCGGUCCUACUCCACCAACGACCUCCUCUUUGUCGACUAUGACCAG